ACUAUCAGUUACCAAAAACAUUGAAGCUUGAUGCCUUUUUCAAGGGUAAGAGGACAUAGAAGGGGAUUGGUCUUGUCCCAGUGGAACAUAACAAUGUCACAUUGAUCAAAAGCAUUGAUUUCCUGCCGUUUCAUUUCGAUCUGUGUCCAUACUGCAGAAAUGUAUAGCCGGAGUAACGUGCACGCUCCCUCAGCCAGGAUAGAAGUUUGUGUAUGCAGCGCAAGCCCACACAAUCAGCUGUUUCUUACGGGACGCCGAGAUCUCUGGGAUUCGGAUGCAUUUCAGACUGCACAAAAGCCAUGCGUGGCUCUUAUAAAUCACAGAUGGAGCAAUCUGAGACGUGUUUGAGUGGGCUGACCUCUGGACGGCUGUGGGGCUGUCAGCGCAUAUGCAAAAAAGCCUCCGUAUACUAAGGGAUUUGGCAGUAGAGAGGUACUGCGGCAGCUCAGGUGACGACUGGGGCUUUUAUGCUCGCAACUGGUCUGGGUCUGGACUGGAGGCUCAGCAGGCAUGGAGCCUCUCAGCCUGCAGGUGCUGGUGGUUGUGACCGGGAGCUUCCUGGGCUUCCAGUGGCUGUUCCACAGAGGCAGCCCUUGGUUGUCCGAGAAGCUCUGCAAAGGCUUCCUCAGGCUCAAACCUUCACAAAGGACAGAGUGGAACUCCAGGGCCGUCUCAACAGUACACGCCUUCGUUGUGGGACUUUUCUGUCUCUACAUACAUAUCUUUGAUGAACCUAUCCAGAAAGACCCAGUCUGGGGAGAUGCCACACUGGUGAAGCUAAAUGUGGCCAUAACCUCAGGCUAUCUUAUAUCAGAUCUUUUGCUUAUGUUUACUUCAUGGGAGUCAAUUGGAGAGAAAUAUUUUGUCAUACAUCAUUUUGCCGCUCUCUAUGCAUACUACUAUGUGCUGAGUCAAGGAAUAUUGCCUUACUUUGCUAAUGUCCGCCUACUUUCAGAAUUCUCCACUCCCUUUGUAAACCAGCGUUCAUUUUUUCACAUGUUGGGCUACCACAAACUUUCCAAACCGAGUCUGGCUAAUGGUGUCGCUAUGACUUUUACAUUCUUCUUGGUGAGGAUCGCAGUCAUUCCAGGCUACUACAGCCAUAUGUACUUGGUCUUUGGUACGGAUGACUUCUACCGGUUACCUUUGGGGGGCCGCAGUGCCUGGGUUAUUUCCAGUGUGUCUUUGGAUGUCAUGAACAUUAUGUGGAUGCGCAGAAUCAUCCGCGGAUGUCUCAAAGUCCUUCGCUCGGCCUGGUCGAGGAGAGCAGGAACUGAGAUGGAAACUAGAAAGACAGACUGACAUGGAGAUACAGACAGAAAAUUAACACAUCCUUCCAUCUUGUUUCAUGUCCAACCUGAUGCUGAAGUGUAAAUGCCAUUUGUGCUUUGUUCUUCCUAGUGCUGUAAUGCUGUGGCAUCAUAAUUGUGAGUUUCAAACUGAAAUCAAGCGCUUGGAAAAUCAUUUAUAGUAUUAAUAAUGACUUACAUGAUGUCUUCUUAAAGGAUGGGCUCAACAGGAGGAAUUCAAUCACAGGUGCACCUUUAAGUUUUAAGAAAUCAGGUGAUGAUGAAACCGAUCACAUGUACAAUCGGGACAACCGUUGUGGUUGCACUAUUUAUUAUGAAGCUGCUAUUAAGAUCUACCAACUUGCCUUUAUGAAUGUAAUUAACAGAGCAACAGCACAUCUGAACUUCCACAACGAUACACUGUGUGUGCCUGUAGACCAUGAUAAACUAAUUUUUGACAGAGGAAAUAUAAUGGCCAUUAUUAAUGUAGUGGAAAUUUAGGUAAAAUGAAUGGGUUAAAGAUCCUGCCUUUUGCAGCUCAGCACUGCAGUAUAUUAUACUCAAGAAACAAUGCAUGUCUACAUGUAAUUAUUGCAUAUAUGGAGAAUAGGAAAUCUAGAAUGGGAAAAUGUAUCAGGUGACAAUGUUAUGUGUGUUUCUGAAAAUCUAGAACUUGAUGCAGCCUUGUAUAAGCUUUUUUCUUGUAUUAAGUGGUUUGUUGGUUGGAUUUGGAAUGAUGACAAUAAUUAUACAAACUUCAAAAAGCUAAAGCGUUUCAGGUUAUUUAUCAUUAAUAAUGUAAUAGAUAUAAAUAUGCGGUUAAAAAUCAACAAUGAUGUGAUUCUGGAAGAAGGUGUGAGCUAUUCCGAUUAGAAUACAUUUUUACAAAUUUUGUGAUGUUUUUGUGGUGUGACAAUGU